AUGUUAAGUGAGGAUUGGCUUGAUAAUGAACCACCAACAACAAAUUCAAAAAAGAAAUCAAAAGGAGCAGCGCGUGUACUUGAUGAACCAAUUGAUGAUACAUUUGAUACCUUACUCGAAAGUGCUUCAAAGUCUGCUAACCUUACAGCAUCAUUAAAAUCAAAAUCAAGUCGACGACCUAAUGCUGAAGCAGCAAGUGGUUGGUCAAAUGAUGUUAAUGAUGAAAAUGGCAGUUUAGAUAUCUCAUCUAUGCCUACUUCUCAACCGCCAAUGAUUCGACAAAGUAAUCGUCGAGCAGCAGAAGAAAUCAUUGCUACAGAUAUUCCUACGAUUCCUAUGGAUGAUGCUGAUGCGGAUGAUACAAUUGAUAUGACUCCACAAGUAGCUGUUGCUCCCGAAUUUUCUGUUCAUCAAAUAGCUUCAUUCAAAGAAAUUGAACAUGAAUUUUCUCGUGAACGUGCUAGUCAAUAUAUUGAUAGCAAAAUUGAUAUUGGUAUAUUAUAUCAUAAUCUUCAUUUACAAGAAGAACUCGAUGCCGAAGAACAAAAACCUUGGGAUUGGGACAAACUAUUUGUUGAAGUUCGAAAUUCUAUAACGAAUCCAACAAUGGAUUCAUAA